UCAGGCUGAAAUUCUGGCGCACCCUUCAACUGGGGGUUUCAUGAGUCACUGCGGGUGGGGUUCGUGUAUGGAGAGCAUCAGCAUGGGAGUGCCGAUUGCGACGUGGCCAAUGCACUCCGAUCAGCCUUGGAAUGCUGCCUUUGUGACGCAGAGCCUAUUCCCAAAAAAUUCCAUGGCUUUCGAAAAUCAUGUUCAGCCCUCAAUCCCUCGUUUUGAUGGUCAUCACUACGACCAUUGGAGUAUAUUGAUGGAGAAUUUUCUCUGGUCCAAAGAGUAUUGGACUAUUGUUGAAGUUGGAGUUCUAGAACCAGUGGCAGAUUGUGCUAUCUUGGAAAUAAUUCUUAACAAGUCUACUUCCAAGAAUAUUUGGGAUUCCAUGAAGAAGAAGUACCAGAUUAGUGAAUAUGUAGAUGAUUAUUUUGCAAGGACGAUGGCUAUUGCAAACAAGAUGAGGAUCCAUGGUGAAAAUCUGGAGGAUGUUGCUAUAGUUGAGAAAAUCCUUCGAGGAGAAAGUUCCAAUUUUGCAAAACACAAUGAGAAGAAUGACGAAUCCUUUCUAUUCAUGGCCUGUCAUCCUAAAGAAGUCAGCAAGAAGAAUGUGUGGUAUAUGGAUACUGGUUGCAACAAUCACAUGUGUAAAGACAAAUCUGCGUUUUCAGAUUUGGAUGAGUCUUGUCAAGACAAGGUGAAAUUUGGUGAUAAUUCCACUAUUGCAAUCAAGGGAAGGGGAAAGCAGAAGAAGAUGGUAAAUGGUCUUUCUCAUUUUGAUUCUCCUUCAGAAAUUUGUGAAAUCUGCAUGGUCAGUAAACAACACCGUGACAGCUUUCCUAAAGACAGAUCUUGGAGAGCAAAGCAGACCAAGUCAGAAGCCUUAGCAACCUUUAAAAAUUUCAAAGUCUUGGUUGAGAAUGAGGUUGGCAGAUCUAUAAAGGUUCUGCGUACAGAUCGUGGUGGUGAGUUUAAUUCAAAGGAAUUUUCAGAUUUUUGUGAGUCCAAUGGCUUUAAAAGGCAACUCACAACAACUUAUACACCUCAGCAAAAUGGUGUAUGUGAGAGGAGGAAUCGCACAAUCAUGAAUAUGGUGCGAAGUUUGAUGUCAAAGAGCAGCUUGCCUAAGGAGUUUUGGCCAGAAGCUGUUAAUUGGAGUGUUCAUAUCUUGAAUAGAAGUCCCACAUCUCCACUUCCAGAUUUGAUGCCAGAAGAGGCUUGGAGUGGACGUAGACCUGCUAUUGAUUACUUCAGAAUUUUUGGGUGCAUAGCAUAUGCACAUGUGCCAGAUCAGAAAAUGAGUAAGCUUGAUGACAAAGGGGAAAAGUGCAUUUUCCUUGGUGUUAGUGAUCAGUCCAAAGCUUACAGAUUAUACAGUCCUUUAACUAAGAAGGUCAUCAUUAGUCGUGAUGUAGUGUUUGAUGAAGCAAGCACUUGGUCUUGGACAGAAAAAUCUAGGCAAAAAAUUCCUGCAGAUUUCGAAAAUGGAGAAGAUGUGACUGUGCAGAACUCAGAAGGUCAAACUUCAGCAGAUCUCGAGGUUUCAAGACAGAGAGCUGAAGAAAGUCUGCCUACAGGAGUAGAGUUCAAUACUGGAGGAAGUCUGCCAACAACACCAGAACUGGAAUCUGGAACUAGUUCCAGACCUCAACGCAAAAAAAGAAGACCAGCAUGGUUGGAAGAUUAUGAGGUAACAGAUCUACCUCAAGAUGAUGUUCCAGUUAAUCAUUUUCCUUUAUUUGUAGAUUGUGAUCCAUUGACAUAUGAAGAAGUUGUUAAAGAAGAAAAGUGGCAAAAAGCCAUGAACUCAUGGCCGAUUUACCAGCUUGAUGUGAAAUCUGCCUUCUUGCAUGGAAAUCUGCAAGAACAUGUAUUUAUUGAUCAACCUCCUGGUUAUGUGAAAUCUGGUUCUGAGCAUAAGGUGUACAAAUUGAAGAAAGCAUUAUAUGGACUAAAACAAGCACCUAGAGCUUGGUAUAGUCGAAUUGAUGCUUAUUUUUUGAAGGAAGGUUUUCAAAAGUGCCCUUAUGAGCAUACACUUUACAUCAAAUUUGGAGAUGGAGGUAAACUGAUUAUAGUAUGCUUAUAUGUUGAUGAUUUAAUUUAUACUGGGAAUGAUUUUGGCAUGUUGGAAAAGUUCAAGCAGUCCAUGAAGCUUGAAUUUGAUAUGACAAAUCUGGGUUUGUUGCAUUAUUUUCUUGGUCUGGAAGUGGUACAGUCAGAUUUUGGAAUUUUUGUUUUUCAGAAAAAAUAUGUGCAGGAAGUUCUAGAUAGAUUUCAAAUGAAGAACUGCAAUUCUGUCACUACACUAGUUGACAAAGGUGUAAAGCUCGUGAAAGAUCCAGGAGGCAGAUUUGUGGACAACAAACUGUAUAAGCAAAUUGUUGGAAGUCUGAUGUAUCUGACAGCAACAAGACUAGAUAUAAUGCAUGGCGUAAGUUUGAUUAGCAGAUAUAUGGAGCAUCCAAAGGAGUUGCACUUGCAGACUGCUAAAAGAAUUCUUAGGUAUUUAUGUGGAACUACAGAUUUUGGACUAUUCUACAAGAAGGGUGACCAGACAGAUCUCGUAGGCUUUACUGACAGUGAUUAUGCUGGAGAUCUGGAUGACAGAAAAAGCACUUCUGGGUUUGUUUUUAUGUUGGGAUUUGGUACAAUUUCAUGGUAUUCAAAAAAGCAACCCAUUGUGACUUUGUCCACAAUAGAAGUAGAGUAUGUAGCAGCAACUUCUUGUGCUUGUCAAGCUAUUUGGUUGAGAAGAGUUAUGGAAGAACUUGAGCUGAAUCAACAUGAGGCCACUUCAAUUUAUUGUGAUAACAGUUCAGCCAUCAAGCUUUCUAGAAAUCCGGUUUUGCAUGGGAGAAGCAAGCAUAUACAUGUGAGAAUUCAGUUUGAGGGAGGGUCUGCAGAUUUCAAAUUGCAUAUCUGUAGAUAUGGUGUUAUCCAGAUCGGUGUGGUUGUAAGGGAAUGGUCACGUAGAAAAGAAUUAGUGACGGUGUUGGCUAUUAAGGAAGCUAUAAGGACGUUAAUGGCGUCAGAGGAAGGGCAAAUGAUGAGGAAAAGGGCAAAGGAAUUAGGAAGAGCUAUUCGUCAAGCUAUUGAGGAAGGCGGUGUUUCUCGCAUGGAGCUCAAAUCAUUUAUCAAUCAAAUCACUAAAUAGGUUAUCGUGGAUCAAUUUUAAUGUUAACCCCUCUUCUUUGAAAUAAAAAAUGAAGAAGGGAAGAAAUCUUCUUUAUUAAAGAAAAAACUUAAAGAGGAGGGGAAUGUGUUAUAUGUAUCAAGUAUUUUUUAAUAAUAUAUAUGGUAUUCACAU